AUGCGGAGAGCGGUCAGAAAGAAAAAAGUUUUUACCAUAGCCAGUUUCACGACGAAAUAAUUCUUUGAAACGUCAUCUUUAGUAGAAGUGGGGUUAAAAAUUCAAAAAAAAUUUAGGGUACCUUCAAAAAAGCUUCUAACAAAAUCGCCAAAAAAUUUUUUCGUCCUCAAAAUAUCGAUCAUCCUUCAAGCGCAGGAUAAAGAUCUUGCGUUUGUCGUAGAAAAGCGUAAUCUCAAUUUGUGCCCAGUUCCAUUAAAAUCUGACAGUUGUACUUUGAGCACUUCCCCAAAUAAAAUGAUAUACCUUUAGUACAUCGGUUGACAUGAAACUUCCAAAAAACCCCGCAAAAAAUCAUUUUUCAUUCAUGCUUAAUCUACCCUCUAUGAUUUCCAGAUGACUGUCACCGCGUUGAACAUGACUUGGUUGGUCCGUUCCGUCACCCGAUCCGUCAUGUUGCAAAGUGGAAAGAGAAUGCGGAAAUACGCCAAUCAGCAAGACGAUGAUUCCUUCGAUGGCCAAGUCGAUCGUAUCGACGGAAACUUCAUGAAUGAAGAGGGAUUUGAACAGAAAGGAUUCUACUAG